GUUCAGAUUAAGAACAGAGACCACAUACUUCUUCCAGAAACUUGGUAUCCCAUUGGACAGCCUUGUUUUCAGGGACAAUUUAAAUUUGAGUGCUCUUCAGAUGGAAGGGAGGCUACUCCUCACACUAGUGGACCAUAAUUGUCUCCCUAGCGCUGAUAGGGAUUUAGAAGAGUGUGUGGUUGGAGUAAUUGACCAUCAUGUGAAGGACAACAAAUACAAGGAAAGUGUCAUACAGAAGCUUGACUUUGUGGGUUCCUGCUGCACCCUGGUUGCAGAAAAUCUUAUGAGUGAUCCAGAUUUCUCCAUAGAUCCAAUUGUUGCAGAACUUCUUAUUGGCACGAUACUGGUUGAUACUGUAAACAAAUCUGUGCAAGCUGGGAAGAUAACUCCGCGAGAUGAGGCAGUCUUGGCAGAGUUGUUGCCCUUGGUUCCUGAUAUAAAGGGAGACAAUCUGUUUGAAGAACUCCUGGCUGCAAAACUGGAUUUAAGCGGUCUCACAGUAAUGGAGCUCCUACAGAAGGACCUGAAGAUGGUCACCGGGGCAACCAUGAACAUUGCUAUGUCUUCUGUUGGCUUGGGGAUGCAGGACUUGCUAGCCAGGCCAAGGUUUGAAGAAGAUUUGGAUCAAUUCUGUGCUGACCAGAAUGCCCAGGUGGUAGUCAUCAUGACCAUGACAACGGAUGAGCACAGCCAGCCUCACAGAGAGAUAUCUGUCUACUCAAAGGACAGGAUAUAUAGGGAUCAGAUAUCCGACGUGUUGGACAAUUCAGGGGAGGUAGACCUGGAACUUGAACUUCUGCAGUCGCCAUUUGCUGAUCUCACUUUGUAUCGUCAAGGAAACGUUAAGGCUUCCCGUAAACAAGUCUUGCCCAUCUUGAAGUCCUUCCUACAUGGUGAUGUCACACCUGACGUCAGCAGCAAGGAGUUUGUGAGACAGACAUCAGUCGCUAAGGCAACUGAGGGAUUCAGUCACUUUGACCCUGUGACCUCCUCUGUUCCAGAGGAAAGUCCAGAGGUCAAUAAUGAGGUCGUAUUUGAUCUAUCGUUUUCGACUGGUUCUGAAAGUGAAAUGAAGAUGAGAAGUGUUGAUUUUGGUAGCCCUGAUGACAGUCUGAAAAACCUUAGCAAUAGUGCCAUUGAGUUUGAUCCCUUUUCUUCCUUAAAUGAUGUUGCUGGUGAUAGACUUGUUCAGAAUAUUGGUCAGGAUAAAAGUAAGGGGCAAGUAACUUCUGGCAAGCCAGCUUCCAGUUUAUUCUUAUCCUCUGCUAAUUCCAUUAAUUUACUGGACUUUGUGAUAUCGGAUAGUGAGUUGGUUGAUCCGUUUAGUUCAGUUGACUCGACCAAUAUGAGUGCUAAUGAUCCCAAAAGGGAGCUAUCUGUUGAUAAGGUUGAUAUGAAAGAAAAGGAACCAGGAAAUGUUGAGAGGUCGGAAAAUGAGAUGGUACCUACUGUAGAUCAAUUAAUGAACACUGAUUCUAAAACAGACAAUAAUACUACAGCUGACAUAGAUUUUUCCCCUACCUCAAAUACCCAUGCUCAAAACAACUUCGACAGUGCCAUUUGGGCUUCCAACAGCACUAUAAAUGAAAACUCAUUUAUUCCUGAUCGUUCACAAGAUUUCAAUGUCUUUGAAUCCGAAAUAGUAAAAAUUGAUUCUGCUAGUCUCUUCAAUCAUGGGGAAUCUAGUUUUUUGUUUGACAAUGUGUCCAUAGAUGAUCAGUCAGAGGCAAAAGCAGACAUUAAAAGUAGAUCAGUGGAUUUACUUGGCUUAGGGACCAUGUCUGUGCAUAAACCAGCAGAGAAAUCAGCCAGCUUGAUAGUGGAGUGUGACCCACAGUCGCAGGCUGAUAAUUUGGCUGAACUUGACGAGGCAGAUUUCUUUGAGAAGGUCUCCACGCCUGACCAGCAUAAUUCUGGAGAAAAUAGCCCAUUCGUCAAUUCAGGAAUAAGUACGCCGUACGAAUUCAGCUCCUUGUACCAUUCAAGGACAGAGUCAGAGUCUGGAUUGGCUCCCCCAAACAGUCUAAUGGAUCGUGGUAUUGAUGAGGGCGGUCAAGAUUUUCAUCUUCCAAGUUUUAACAGUGCUGAGAUGGUCGAACGAAUCCACAAAAAGAAGGCAUCCAUUGGGAACACGUUUGAUUUGCUGGUUCCAGACCCGUCUGAACUUGAAGAAGGACUGUUGAGCGCAAGUACGCCAUACACGCCCCAAAACAGCUUUCGGGAAGAUGCUGACCCAUACUUGCUCAGAGACGUGGAACUACCGAGUUUGAACAACUCUGACAUGGUGGAAAAGGUUCAGCAGAAAAGGAACUCAAUGGUCGCAGGACUGGAUGACACCAAUGAUGUGGGGGGAAUUUUGUUUGGAUAUACGCCAACCAAUCAGAGUGCUCAACUUGACUCAUCUGAAAAUCCCUUUGGUAAUUUCGCCAAUCAAGUCCCAUGGGAAAGUACAGAAGUUCCAUCUGAUCAAAGUAGUAAAAAUCCGUUUUUCUCUUUGAACAAUGACAAAGACAUGGACCAUACUGAUUCUUUGGAGCAUGUUCCUUUUACACCAAUGAACACUUUUGUUGAUGUGUCCGGUGCCGAGUUCAUGAAACAACGAAAUUCCUUGUCAGACCCUGACUUGAUGGUAAAACUGAACAGUUUAAAGCGGAACUCAGAAGGUGCUAUAACACAGCUGGGAACCAAUCCAUUUGAAGACUUUGGUGCGGGUAUUGAUGCUGGAGAAGGGAAUCAACCUUCACAGACUGGUUCACAAGAUGUAUGGGAUAUAUUUGGGGGAGGAUAUAAUGAAAAUGUGACACAGUCUGAAAAUGAGGACAACUUGAACCCUUUCAUGAAUUUUUCUGAUAAUCCCAUCACUUUUCCAGCAGCGGACGUGAACAACAUUUUUGGUGUCAAUGAAAGUGAACCAAUUGAAAACCUCAGUAGAGAAAACUUGGCACAUUAUGGUUCUAAGGAGACAUUAACUAUUUCAGAACUUCAUGAUAAGGCUAACAUCGAAGCAGCAAAUGUUGUUGCACAAAACGUUGCCAUAGAAAUCAUUCAGGAUGCUAUGGAAACGUUUCCAAAUCUGACCCAUCCCGUGAUAGCUCAGCAAGUUACCACUGAGGUCAUGGAAAUAUCUGGAUUGGUUGGAAUUGCUGCGGAUUCCGGACAAGAUGUGAUUGGAUCAAACGAACCUCCAAAACCAGUUCCCACUGAGAGCCCACGCUUACGGACUGACUACUCCAUCGAGACGGACUACCUUCCCAGCAUGGACCCUUUGCACGGCAGUCUGAACAUGAUAGCCUCGUCUGCAAAUUCACGAUCCGUAGAAACAGAUGCUGAGAAAGAGGUAGUUGAGAGUGAAUCAUUUAGAAAAGUCAGUUGUACAGAAAUCAACGCACAAGAAAUUAAAACUAUCUCUGACCUUCCUGAACUGAAAGCUGCAAUCAAGGACACCAUUCAAGAGUUGAUCUUUGAAAACAACAUGCAAGAAGCCAUGGACACAUUUGAAGAACCUUAUAAAUCUGAAGAAAAUACUUUAUGGAAUGAAGGCAUUUCAGGUACAAAAGAUGAUGUUCGAAAUAAAGAAAAAGAAAUCCCACAUGAUGAUGAAUAUCAGGCAUACACCUUUGAUGCAGGGUUAGUGCAAACAUCUGAUGAUGAAAAUGAGCUUAUUGAUUCACAAAUCGAUCAUGUUGAGCACAUUAUUUUACCCGAAAAGUCCAGCGAGAUUUCAACAACUGAAAUUCUAAUUCAUCAAGCUACUGACUCAUUUGAGGAAGAGAUCCCCGAAAUGAACGACAUGGCUAUACAAACUGAUAAAAUAGUUGGAUCUGUACCGGCAUCUGUUAAAAACACACAAGCACAUACUGAAGGAAGCAGUGUCUUUGAUCCAAUGAAUACUUCUGCAAUAACAGAAGAGAGGUACUCGAAUGAUACCGCUGAUGAAACUUAUAAUUACAAUAAGAUUUUUAAUGCCGGAGACGAUGAACAUGAUUCUGAUGUUGAUGUUGAAAAUGAUGCAACAACUGGUAUGUACAUGGGAAGAACUACUAACUUGACUGUUGAUACAGCGUAUGCCUCUGCUGCUGUGUCAAAAUUAACUGGCAAAUCCCCAAUAGAAGUUUCUCCAGAUUAUGUUGAUACAAUUGUAGGGUAUUAUGCUGGGACUGUAGAGAGUGUUGAUGAUGCUGUUCAUAAAAAUGAAGUUAAUGUAGGAGAAAAUGUGAAGACCAUAACAGAAGAAUUUGCAGAUUUAGACUGUUUUGAAUGUGUAAGUAAUGACACAGAUGGACUCAACAUUGAUAGUGACAUGGCUGACCCUGUAUCUGCUAACAAACAACUAAUAGAAGAGGUACCAUAUUCUCUUGACAAACAUGAUGACAUGUUUGGUAAAUUUGAGCACCAAUUGAUAGACACAAAUGAAACUUUUGAAAACAUGUCCUUAAGUGAUUCUUCACCUGAGAAUAUAUUGGAUUUAGCGGCAAAAGAGGAUGCAAUAAUACUUGAUGAUAACAGGCAGGUAGAAUAUGGUCAAAAUGUCAGAUCCAUGUCACCAAAUGCAAAGAAACAUGUGCUAGAACAAGCAACAUUUUCUCUUGAAGAACUAGGAGAUAUGUUUGAUAACUAUGAAAAGCAGUUAGAACUAAGGCAUGAAUUGUACAAAGUUGUUUCUUCGAGUGAUUCAUCCCCAGAAGAGAAUACGGCAUAUGCUCAGAAAACUCUGUGUUUGUCAACUGAAUUUGAUAGGGAAAAUACUGCAAGUACAGAUAGAGAAGACCUAGAAAAUGCUACAAGAGAAAAGCAAGAUUUUUCAUACCUUCUUGAAGAAGACUUUGAAAAUCAGUUUGAAAGGGGUGCUACUGCUGCUAGUUUGCCUGGAAUGCACACUAUGUCUACAUGGAAGCAAGAAAAUCACCUAUUUGUAGAGUUAGAUGAUGAGGAUAUAAAGCAAGAUUCUGAAAGUAUGAUUGAAGAGGAAGACCUUGACUCUUUUCAUCAUGUUAUGGACACUUUCCCAGAUGAUUCAGUAGAGCCUUACUAUGAAUCUGAAAAUGUUGAUGGUCAAAACCAGGCUGGUAAAAUUGAUGAAAAUGUUUGGGAUGAUUUAAAAGAUGAACCUGAAAAUUCAAACAGUCAGGAGCAUGUCCAUAGAAACAAUGGUGACAUGGUUGAACAUGAAUCGAAAGAUGAUGGCCAUCAGGAUAUUAAAGGAAAGAUUGGUGAAUUUAAUGCUGAUUAUAUUGAAUCUGAAAGUCUUGACAAUCUUAAUCAUGCAAAUAGAAUUGAUGAUACUAGAGAUUUUGGUGCAUAUGAAUGUGAACAUGCUAACCAUCAGGACCAAGAUGGUGGUAUUAAAGAUGAGUCUGAAAGUGUUGAGAGUCAGGACCAUGUCUAUAAAAUUGAUGAAGAUGAUGGGGAUUUUGCUAAAUAUGAAUUUAAACAUCCUGACCAUGUGCAUGAUGAUAUGAAUAAAAAGGAUGAUGUUGAUUUUAAAGAUGAUUCUGAAAGGUUUGGCAAUCAAGAGCAUGUAGAAAGAUAUGAUGAUGAUACAGUCGAAGAUGAUGAUGAUUAUGCUACAGAUGAAGCCUAUACAAAUCAAGAUAAAUAUGAAUCUGAAAGUGUUGAUAGCCAGGAACUUAGAGGCAGAAUUGAUAAAGAUGAUGGAGAUUUUGGUAAACCUGAUUAUGCUUACCAUCAGGAUUAUGAUGGUAAUAUAUGUGAAGAUUAUGAUGGCCAUGUUAAAGAUCAUUCUGAAAGUGUUUACCCUUCUUACCAUGAUGACAGAUUUGAUGCAGACCAUGAGGAUUUAAGUAAAUAUGAAUCAGAAGAUGGCCAGGACCAUGCUCAUGAUAUUGAUGACGAUGAUGAUGAUGAUCAAAUUAAAGAUGGCUCUGAAAGUAUUGACAGCCAGGACCAUGCAAAUAGAAUUCAUGAGGAUGAUGGUGAUUUUGCUAAACAUGAAUUUAAACAUGACCAUGGCGGUAGAAUUGAUGAAGAAGAUGAUGAUCAUGUUAAAUACCAAUGUGCUAGCAAAGAAAGCAUUGAUGAAGGUGAUGGUGAUCAGGUAGAUUAUGGACCUGGAAGUGUGUGCGUUCAAGACUAUGAAGGCAGAAUGCAAGAUGAUGGUGAAUCAGAAAAUGUUGAGAUUGUGGUAAAGUCUUAUAUUAAUGACAAUGAUGGUGGUGAUUGUGUUCAAAAUGAAUAUGAACAAGCUGAUUAUCAGAACCAUGCAGAAAGGAUUGAAGAUGAGGUUGUGGAUAGUAGUAGGGAAAAGGAUAAUAGGAAGCAGGAUGGUAACAUGUAUGAAUUUGGCGGUGAAGCUGGUCAUCAGAUACAAUUGGAAUAUGAUGCAAAUGAAAACAUUGAAUUGAAUGAUAGUUCAACUACUAGCUUUGAUGAUGGAGUAAAUGAUAUUAUGUUUAACUUCAAGAGUGAUCAUAAAAUAAAGCUCAAAGAUUUUAAGAGGGGAGGAAGCGAAACUACUUCAACAGCUGAACAUAAUAGUAUAAGCCCAGAUUCCAGUAAUAGUUUUCCUUCCAGUCCUACAGAUAGUGACAACUCUGAACUGGUAACAGUGAUGGAAAAUGAAAUAAAAUAUAAACAUGACCAAGAAAAUUACAGUCAGGACAGAGCCUGGCUUGUUCAAUCUGAUGUAGUUCAAGAUGAUGAAAAUAGAAGGGAAACACAUAAUUUAGAUUUAUAUCAAAAUAAAUGUGAAGAAGACGUUUAUUCAGAUCAUGAUUCACAUUUAGCAGGAAGUGGACAUAUUCUUGCCAGUGAUAUUGGUAUAACUUCAGGUCUUGAUGAUUUUUUUGGAUUAAAUGAACCUGAAUUUAAGGACAAAACAAGUGACAAUGAGAAUGCAGGUGUUAUAAAUGAUGAUAAAUUUUAUAUAUCUUUUACAGACAGUACUACAGAAGAUGUUCCAAGUAAUUCAGUCAAUGACUAUGAUCCAUUCAAUUUGUUAACUGAUAAUCAUGAGAUGAAUGAAAAUGUGAAUGCAUUUGAACCAUUAAUUGGGAACAAUAACCAAAAUGAAAUAAAUGACAAUGAUCCAUUUGAAAAACUUACCAAGUGUGAUGAAAUAAAGGACAAUGUGACUGAUGCUUUUUCUACUGAAGAUAAAAUUGACAGUUUAAAUAGCAGUGAUAAAUAUAAUUUUUUCAGUAAUGAUGAAAAGGAUCAUGUAUAUAAUGGUGCGAGUUUUCCAGAACAGGAGAAUUUGCUUACAAUCAGUUCAAUGCCAGUUGAAAGUGUUUCUUCCAUUGAAACUCCUGUUGAAGAAACUGUGUCUGGAUUUUAUGAGAUAAAUCCUGAAAUAAACACUGGUGAACAUGUCAAAGAGUUUAUAAGCAAUUCUGUUUGUGUCACUAAUUUAGGUGAUAUGGAAACAGGGUUUUAUGUGGUUAACUCUGAAGAAAAUGAUUUGAAAGAGACUGUCAAUUUUUCAAUUGAAAAAUUUGCUAUUGAUAAGGCAAAUGAAAUAAUCAAGGAUAUUAUACCUAAAGAUGAAAUGGAAUGUAGUGUUUCUUCUCAGGAGUCAUCAGAAGCUGGUGUGUAUGAAUUCCAAGAACCUGAAAGAGAAAAUUCUGACAUUAUGGAUGAUUGUGUUGAUGUUAGAAUAACUCAGACACAAGGCAUGGACCAUACCAGUUAUAGUGAUAACUCGUAUCAAGAAGGAAGUGGUUAUUUAGACAAUGAUGCACAAAGUGCAUUGCUUGAAACAAAAGAUCCAUCAAUAGAUACAGAUCAGACACAAAUGGACACUGGAAACAGUUACUCAUUAUUAGAGUCAUUAAACUGUGAACAAGAUGUUGGUCAAUCAAUUGAUAGUAUUGGGGAACCACGUGAUAUUAUAAACAUUGCUAAAGAACUACGGGUUGAUCAGGCUCGAGCAUCUAUUAAUAAUGGUGAAACAGUACAUGCAAAUGAACAUCAGGAUGAUGUCAUUAGUGAAUACAAUGUUGUUGUUCAUGAAAAUAUUGAUAUUGUUAAUGCAGAAGAAGUAAAUUUGCAUGACGAUAACAAUGAUUUAACUACCGACAUAAAUCAAGACAAUAAAGCAAGUAUAAAAGGAAAUAAUGAUACAAUGGAAACUCUUAAUAAUGAAACUGAGGUUAAUACUAAAAUUAAUAAUGAUGACAUCCAACAUACUGAGAGUUAUAUGCAUGACAGUUCCGAAAAUGAUGAUUCCCAGGGAUUUAAUGAGGUUGAAAAUGUAUGUCCUGCUGCUGAAGAAGAUGACCAUAUUGAUGAAACUGGUUUUGAUCCUUCUGAGCUGAAAAACAAGCGUUUUAUGAUGAAAACUGGACCCGGCAUGCCUCAGAUAAGUAUUGAUUUAGCAUCCAGUGUAGAAAGCAGUCUGUCAAAUGAUAGUGACAGGGAAGCUUUUAUUGAAGUUGAGGCUGAACUAACAAGUGAUUUUACUGAAGAUGAGACUGAAAUACAUCAAACAUGCAAUGAGAGGGAUGAUGAUGAUGCUGAUGAUAAGGAAAAUAUAAGACCAAACAUGAACAACGCUGAAAGUUGGAUGAAAGUUGAUACUGUGACUCCAGCAAUUGAUAUUAAAUUCGAUUCUGAAAACAAAUCAGGAUCUCAGAGAGAAUUGAUUUUAAAUGAUUUUGAUGCUGAGAUUCAAGGUACUGUUCUACAAAAUAUUUCCAUUGGGAGUGCAUUCUCUCCUUUAGAAAGUCCCUGUGAGAAUGCAUUUGAGAUAGGCUACCAGAUUAACCCAUUGUUUCCAGAAUACAACAAUAAUUAUGAAGUUGAUGAUGUUGGCGAUUCAACAGAUGAGGAAAGUGGUGACUUAAAAAAGAAACCAUUUGUGAGAUUUUCUAAUGACAUUAUUACUGAUGAUCAUGAAAUUGAAAAGCUUGAAGAACUUGCAGACAGCUUAGUAUCUGUUGCUGUCCAAGAUGCAUUGUUUGAAUUAGAAAACUCAACCUCAGAAAAAGAUGGACCUGGUGAUGAAAUAAAUACAAAAAUAUUAAUUAUUGCUGAUAACCUUGUAAAAGAAGUUAUUACAGAAGCUAUUGAAAUUGUUGGAAACCAAGAACCAAAUACAUUUGUUGAAUUUGAAAUUGCUGAUGCAAUGAAAGAAACAGGCUUAGAAGAGGAUGAUUCAAGUGAUUCUGAUGAUGGUAGUUCAACAACAACUGAAGGCAGCUACCAAAUAGACGUGUCAGAUGAUCUUACUCUGGACUCAUCACCAGAGAAAGAAUUGGAAGUAGAGGAGACACACCCAUCUUCAGAAGCUGAUCCCCAACUAUCGCUGAGCAUAUCUUCACCAGACGAUGAUGUCUCUGUAGACAACUCAUGUUCUAUAAUCGACCAAUCUGACCCUGCAAUAGCUCCUAGUUUUAAGAAAAUACCGGUGGAUGGAUCAUACAGAUCAUUUUCAUUUCCUGACUAUGAAGAUCAUACCUUAACAUCCAACCCACUUGAUUCGAAUACUGGUAUAGUGUUCGAAUUUGCUAAAGGUGAAAAUGAUGUUAAUAGUAGGACAUUCAGACAAAGUUCAGGGCUGACUUUGGUUAAGCAGGAUACAAUUGUUCCUGAUAUUGUAAUAAGUACUGAAAUGUCUCCAGAGUAUGAUGUUGAAGAUAUCACAGAUUAUGGAGCUGACAUGAGCAUGACCGAAAAUACUGAAAGCAAAGAUGAGUUAUCUGAUGAUGAAACAGAUAAAAAUAUUAACUACGUUACAACAUAUGUAUCAUUUGUUGAGGGGGAAAUAGCUUCCAUGAAUACAACUGCUAACUUGGAAAGUCAUCUUGGAGAUGAAGCACUUGAUAAGGGUUUACCUGUUAAUGAGAUUCAAGAUGAGAAUGAAGAAGACAAUUUAGUUGAUUUUAAAUUAGAAGAUGUUACCAGGAGAACUUUAGAUCUAACCACUAAUGAAACAGAUGCAUAUUUGAUAUUGUCUAUGUCUGCUGUAAGUAAUAAAGAAGCCAAUGAUGGGGAUUCUGUUGUUGCUAACACUGUUACUGUAGACCUCAGUAGCCAAGUUAUUAGAAAGCAAUCUAUUCAAAACAAUGAUGACACCUCAGGUGAAAGUGACAAUAUUGAAGUGUUAGUAGCUUCUAGUGCACAACGACAAGAGGUCCCAGCUGAUAACUUUGAUACAUUUGAUGAUGGUAUUCAAUUGACUGGAAUGGGUGAAGAUGAUUUAAGAGAGAAUACUGGUGCUCACAUUAAAGAUAUGAUUGAAAAAGAGAACUUUAAUGAAGUAUCAAAUCAGGUGGAUUUAGGUGCAGGAUUUGUUGAUCAUAAAUCAAAUAACAAAAUUGGUGAAUUUGAUGUGUAUGAUGCUGCAACAUUUUCUAAUCUUUCAGAGAAACCAAUUGAAAUUUCUGAGUAUUCAGAAAAUGUUGUUGAAAAGCAUAUUGACCACUUUGUAGAACGUUUAAACUUUGUAGAAAAGACUGAACAUGUGCAAAGUUUUGAUGAUGAAGUUUCUGAAAUUGUUGAGCAGACAAAACAGUUCAGUGAUGUUGUUGAAAAAGCUGAUGACAACAUGGCUGUAACUGGCGAUGUGUGGAGUUUUGUUGAAAAACCUUUUUCAAAUGUAGAACUGUUUGAUUUAAGUUUUGCUGAAAAUUGCACUGACAAUGAUUUAGCUAUUGAGAAAGUGAUUGAUAUGCCAAUUGAACAAAAGACAGUUGCUAAAGAUGAAAGUGAAGAAAUUAUAGAUGACCUACAAAUAAACAAUGGUGAAACACACAUUUCUGAAGCUCAUGAUCAGAUGUCUGAUGUUGAGAUUUUAAAUGAAGUCAUUGAGCCACAAGGUGAUGAUAUCAGAGUUGAAGAAAUUGGUAUAGAAAAUAGGUCCACUCAAGAACAGAUUAAACAAGAUCUUUUGCUGAAUACUGAAACAUAUAAUCAAUUGGUAGAUGGUUUCAAUGAAUCUGAACUUGAUAAGCUACACGAUUAUGUUGACAAAACUUACUUUACUGGAACAGAAAGUGAGACAACACAAAGCCAUGUCAUACAGGAUCUAUCUGAAGGUGCUGAAAUUCACAAUCAGUUAGUGAAUAAUGUGAAUGAGGAUAAAAGUCAUUUGUCAGGAGAUGAUGUGAACAAUGAAGACAUUACAAGAAGAGAAAAUGCUUAUGAUGAAGAUUCUACCAUUGUUGAGCCGACAAAAGAGUUCAAUGAUGUUGAAAAAGCUGAUGACAAUGUGGCUGAAACUAACAAUGUGUGGAGUUUUGUUGAAAAACCUAUUUUAAAUGUGGAACAGUUUGAUAUAAGUUUUGCUGAAAAUUGCGCUGACAAUGAUGAUUUGGCAAUUGAGAAAGUGAUUGAUAUGCCAGUUGAACAUAAGACAGUUUCUAAAGAUGAAAGUGUAAACAUCAUAGAUGACCUACAAAUAAACUAUGGUGGAACUCACAUUUCUGAAGCUCAUGAUCAGAUGUCUGAUGUUGAGAUUUUAAAUGAAGUCAUUUGGCCACAUGGCGAUGAUAUCAGAGUUGAAGAAAUUGGUAUAGAAAAUGGUUCUACUCAAGAACAGAUUGAACAAGAUCUUUUACAGAAUACAGAAACAUAUGAUCAAUUGGUAGAUGGUUUCAAUGAAAAUGAACUUGAUAAGCUACAAGAUUAUGAGUUCUUAACUGACUUAACUGGAACAAAAAGUGAGACAACACAAAGCCAUGUCUUACAGGAUCUCUCUGAAUAUGCUGAAAUUCAGAAUCAGUUAGUGAUUAAUGUCAAUGAGAAUAAAAGUCAUACAUCACAUGAUGAUGUGAACAAUGUAGACAUAACAAGAAGAGAAAAUGCUUAUGAUGAAGAUUCUACAAUUGUUGAGCCGACAAAACAGUUCAGUGAUGUUGUUGAAAAAGCUGAUGACAAUUUUGCUGAAACUAACAAUGUGUGGAGUUUUGUUGAAAAACCUUUUUUACAUGUGGAACAGUUUGAUGUAAGCUUCGCUGAAAAUUGCGCUGACAAUUAUUUGGCAAUGGAGAACGUGAUUGAUAUGCCAGUUCAACAUAAGACAGUUGCUAAAGAUGAAAGUGUAAAAAUAAUAGAUGACCUACAAAUAAAGGAUGGUGAAACACACUUUUCUGAAGCUCAUGAUCAGAGUUCUGAUGAUUGGAUGUUUAAUGAAGACAUUGAGCCACACAGUGAUGUUAUCAGAAAUGAAGAAAUUGGUAUAAAAAAUGGUUCCACUCAAAAGCAGAUUGAACAAGAUCUUUUACAGAAUACAGAAACAUAUAAUCAAUUGGUAGAUGGUUUCAAUGAAACUGAACUUGUUAAGCUUCAAGAUUAUGAUGACAAAACUUACUUUACUGAAACAGACAGUGAGACAACACAAAGUCAUGUCUUUAAGGAACUCUCUGAUGAUACUGAAAUUCACAAUCAGUUAGUGGAUAAUGUCAAUGAGAGUAUAAGUCAUACAUCACAAGAUGAUGAUAACAAUCUAGACAUAUCAAGAAGCGAAAAUACUAAAACACAAAGUCAAUAUGUGAAUGAUUCGUUAUUAGAUGAUGAAACAAAGAAGAAAAUGCCUUUAUUCAAGGAUGAGUCUGACGAAAUUGAAGCUUUGAUGGAGGUUCAACCAGCAAAUACUUAUACCAAAGAAAUUGAAGAAACUACCAAAGAAGUCUAUAAACCACUAAUAAAAGACAACUCUGAGGAUAGCGGUUUUUCACUUGGAACUCGACCAAAACAUAGAAGCAGUGAAUAUGUAACAAGGAAAGAGAUUUUCUACACAACUUCAGGUCGCAUGAGUGUCUCUAUUGACAGCAUUUUGGAUCCUCCAACAGAUCAGGAGUUGGACAUUGCUGCCAACAGCCAAGUGACCAUUGAAGAAGAGCCAAGUAUGCCAAUAGAUGGGGAUGAGGACCUGCCAACGGCUGAUCAGACCCAAGCUGAUGUUGUAGAGAAACCAUUGGUACCACAGAAGACAGGGGAAGUAACUACGCAGCCUGCUAACAAUGACAAGGUUGUGGUGAAGGAAAAAGCUAUGGAUGAGACACAGGAAUGGCAUGAGGACCCGAUACCCGGCAUGGGUCACCAGGCAGCCAUGGAGUCAGAGAGCGACUCAGAGUCUGAAUCUGAUAACGAGUAUGGUAGGCCAGCUCGACCAGACAGCCUUCCAAAUGGAGCCAGAAAGAAGAAAAAGAUCAGCCCCGUGCGGAUGUUCUCCCCAGAUUCCACAGACGCUCUCAUAGAAGGGAUUGAUGACCUGCCGACCCCGGAUGACCUAGAUACACCAGAUGACCUUGAAGGAGAGGGCUUAGAGUGGGAGGAUGAGACUCCAAUUGACCCAACUGACACAAAGAAGAAAUUUGUAGAAUACAUGAGUCAUGACGACGAACAGGAGAAAUACGAGAACACAACCUUUAGGAAGGUUGAAAUAGCAGGAAAGGACUUCAGAGUGGACAUGAAGGUCAUUGAACCCUAUAAGAAAGUGCUUUCCCACGGAGGUUAUUAUGGAGAUGGUCUCAAUGCCAUCAUACUGUUCUGUGGUUGCUAUCUGCCCGACAGAAGUCGCAGUGACUAUCAGUAUGUAAUGGACAAUCUCUUCCUAUAUGUGAUAAGCACACUAGAGCUGCUAGUAGCUGAAGAUUACUUGAUUGUGUACUUCCAUGGGGCCACACCGCGUGGACAGAUGCCAAGCUUUGGCUGGCUGAAACGCUGUUACCAGAUGAUAGACAGAAGAUUACGCAAGAACCUUAAGGCGCUGCUGAUGGUCCACCCGACACUGUGGCUGAAGACUGUGGUAUUGAUGACCAAACCCUUCAUAAGCUCCAAGUUCAGCUCCAAGCUGAGGUUUGUGAAGACUCUACAAGAGCUUGGCAAAGUGGUUCCCAUGGAAUACAUCUACGUUCCUGAUCCUGUGCAGCAUACAGAGCGAAUGCUUCAGAUAGACCCAGAUUAUCUUGAGAAGUGGGAAAAGGAGCAAAUUGGAAAGAGCAAAGAAAAAUUAGACAAGGGGCAAGAAAAAAUGGGAGAGAAGAUGAAAAAAGAACCAGAAGAGAAAACAGGAGAGAAAUUAAAAAAGGACAUAGAGAAAAAGAGUGAAAUACCAGUGAAGAAAAAACUAUUCUCCUUUUUCAAGCGCAAGAAAUGAGUCCAUUUUGCCAUUUGAAGACUGUCAUUGUGCAAUAUUUGUGUCAUUGACAAGAAAAUGGACUUUUAUUUGAAGGCUUACUGUCUCACCUGCUACAUCAUCAUUUCCACCCCAGACUAAAUUCUUGUUUAUGCAGGCUAAACUGUUAAGGGACUGAGUCUUAUACCUACCACAUCAUUAUUGACAUCAAUGGCAACAAAAAGUCAGGUCGGCAGUUGUUUGCCUAAAAAUAGUUUUUGUUUAUCAGAAGCAAUAAGUGAGAUAGCUUUGCAUACUUCAAACUUUGUAAUACAUGUGCAAAAAUAUUUACAUCAUUACUGCCAUAACCAUGAAAAUGGCAUUUGAUUUGGUUUUGGGUUGCAGGAAAUUAUAUUGUCUCAUACGCUGUCACAUACCACAUACAAUAUCGUCAUUAAAAUGAGCUUUACAUACCACAUCGUCAUUAAAAUGAUCUGUGCUUUGGGAAAGCAUGGCUUUAUGCAUCUGUCCCAUGUAAAGUAUUGUCCCAUGUUAGCCUGUGCAGUGGGGUUUAACUGAAUUUUUCUUGUAAAGAAAGGAUCCUGUUAACCAGAUAAGCCUGUGCUGACUUCAUUUAGCCUGUGCUGACUUCAUUUAGCCUGUGCUGACUUCAUUUAGCCUGUGCUGACUUCAUUGAGCCUGUGCUGACUUCAUAAAGCCUGUGCUGACUUCAUAAAGCCUGUGCUGACUUCAUUAAGCCUGUGCUGACUUCAUUAAGCAUGUGCUGACUUCAUUAAGCCUGUGCUGACUUCAUUAAGCCUGUGCAAACUUCAUUAAGCCUGUGCUGACUUCAUUAAGCCUGUGCUGACUUCAUUAAGCUAGUUUGUUCAAGACUAUGUCUGUUAUCAAAGUUUUGGUGCAAACAUUAAUUUUGUCUUACAUUUGCUAAAGACUUUUUCAAAAGUAUGUACACAUCCUCUCCCGCUUAUAGCUGAUUCUUUGACAUGCGUACAUUAUCAUCUCCAACAUAAAGAAAUGGUAUUGUAAGGAAAUUAGGUAUAGGUCUUCUUUUUAAUAAAAUAGUUUAGCAGCUAAUCAUGCGAUGUCCAAGUGCAAGGAAUAGCUCAUUUAAAUAUGGUUGGCAUUUGUGGAAGCAUUUAUUAUCUAGAUAGAACUAUUCGAUAUGAAGUUGAUCAGGAUUUGUGGUUGACAUCAAUUUGGUAUCAUGUUUAUUAUUAAUGUUGACAUUCUUGAAAAAAAUUCUGCAAUCAAGUUGAAAACACAUUUUAUGCUUUCAGUUUUACAGCACAUACUUUUCCUUGCAUUUUACAUGUAAAUGGAAUGAUACACUGCUCUUAAUGUAUACCAAUUCUGAAGUCAUCUGGGACUUGAUGACAAUGAUAAUACUGUGUGCUAUAUUUAUUGAAAAUGUAUUGGCAAUGAACUAAGUAUUCAAUUUUGUAUACAUGGUGCACAAUACACUUUCACGUGAAUGUAUAUCAGGCUUGGCAUUGGAAUAUAUCAUCAAAGCAAAACAAGGUAUGCUGAAAUGGCGUAUAAUUUAAAUAUUAACCAUUUCCCACUCAGAAGCAAAGUGAAAAUGGCUUUUGCAACCAGCAUAAAACCAGAACAGCCUGUGAGUAACUCAGUCUGUUCAGGUUUCAUGAUGUUUGCUGCUCAUCAGUAUCUAAGGGUUAUAAAUGAUGCCUUUAAAACUUGAAUAAAGUAAGAAAGGUAUUGAAUUAAAUGUAACUUUCUAAGGGACUACAAAUGCGUCAAAAUAUGUCUCUAAGUGGGAAAGGGUUUAAAGCAUACAUGGCAGUUUUAACAUAUAAAGUUGGAAGGUCAAGAGCUUUUUUCAUCCAGUAAUGAAAGCUGUGUGUUCGGAUGAUGUGCAAUAUUAUAAUGGUACAGUAUUUUGUUAUUGCAUUUGCCUCUCUGUUUUCUAAUUGUGGCGUUAUUUUUGUAAGAGUUGGUGCAAACAUUUUGCAUCAGUUAUAGAAAUAUUGAUCCAGUUACAACAGUUUUUGUCAGGAUCGUCAAAAUGUGUUUUUAUAUGUAGUAAAUUGUAUAUAUUUUUAAGAAUUUGUCAAUAAAUGUCUUUGUUUUUGUUAUUUAAUUGAUAUUGUUUUGUUAUUUCACUAUCUGCUGUAUAGUCUAUGUGUGAUUUUGUAAUUUUAAGUGUAUGUUUUAUUACAAAAAGUUUACCCUAUUUUCUCUUUGCUUUAUUCGAAUUAAUGUUGUUUCUUAACCAUCAUUUUUAAUAAGCAGAUUAGGUAAUACAUUAUUUAAUCUGUCAAUUGUUCGUGAUAAAUUGUAAUCAAGCACAAAAUCACCUCUUCAGCAAUGUAAACACAUUUCAGCAUUUAUUAAUGUAGCAGUAAUGUCCCUUGAACGUUUUUACAUAUUCUUGUGUUAAUGUUAGUUUUAUGUCAUUGUUAUGGUGGUGUUACUAGUUCCACGAUAACCGUAUAUUGCCAAGUCGACGCCCCUACCCCAAAUUUUCAAGCUCUCACCUCAGAACUGACCUGAAUGCCAACUGAGUAUAAAGAGUCUAAUGGGUGUUUAUUUGGGAAUAUACGGUACAUGUUGUUUUUGUUGCUGUUGUUAAUUGGUAUUGAGAAAUUGUAAAGUCCAUAAACACUUUCACAAUUUAACAUAUUAUAAUUGCUUAUAUUUAAUUAUGGUUUCAUAUAUAUAUCAGAAUAAAUUUAUUGGAAAUCA